AUGAUCGGAAAGAAGGAAGAAAAGGAGGAACACUUGGAUCCAUCAUCAUCAAUGAAGAAUCUAGUACCUCUCACGGUCGAUCGAGUAAAUGAAAAGAAAGAACCAGCAAGUAUGGAAGAUAAAUUGGAUUUAUUGAUAUUUGAAAAAGUACAAAAUCAUGGAGAUGAUAAUAUCGGAAGAUUUGCCUAUUCCUUACUUAAGGAAAAUGAUUUCAAAGCUGCAGAAAUGGCUCGUAAGAUUAGAAUGGUUUCUUUAGACCUUACUGCUCGUAGCGAAACCAAUACGGAGAAAUCUCGAGGAAAAUGGCAAUUGGAUGUUUACAAACUACCAUGGGUUGAGAAACGAACGCCCCAACGAAAAUUAUAUGAUCCCGACUAUCAAAUAUCAUUUCCUCUCGCUCCUGUAAAUAUUUCAUCGAGCAUUUCCGAAAUUCUUUCUCCUCAAAAUAUCCUCAAAAUUGAAUCAAGUCACAAUCAUUGUUUAAUACUAACCAAGGAUGGAAUUGUGUACAGUAUGGGAGAUUCAGAAUUUGGUAAACUUGGCAAUGGCUAUGAGCCACAAGUUAUCCCUCAAUCAAAUUACUAUCCAUUCAUUAGAAAACCUUUCAUGUUGAUGGAUAAAGCCGUGGACAUUGCAGUUGGAAAAAAUCAUUCGGUCAUUGUCACUGACGAAGGAAACGUUCAUACAUUUGGUUGUGGCAAGUACGGUCAACUUGGACAUGGAUCAGUAAGGAAUGAAAAUCGACCGCGAGUCAUUGACGACUUUAUUACAAGAGAUAUCAAAGUGAUUGCUGCUUCUUGUGGUGACCACCAUACUCUUUGUUUGACAAGUACAGGCCUAGUUUACGGUUUUGGGUGUGGCAGUUCCGGACAACUUGGAAUAUUAGGUUUUUUGGAAACAAGUCAUAAUUUGCAAAGUCAUGAAAAAGCUCAACUCAUGUAUGUUUGUUCGCCAAGAUUGGUGCAAAUCAUGAGACCAGUGCAACAAGAAACCGAGGAAUAUCGCAGAUUGAGAACAAAGAAAACAUUUGUUGAGAUUGACAAGAUAUGUUGUGGCGCUGAUUAUUCUGCAUUCUUAACGAAACAAGGACAAUUAUGGCUUUGUGGAAAUGGAUUGACGGGAGUCAUUUGUAACGGAACUUUUGUCGCCAACAAUUAUGAACCAACUGAAAGUCAAUUUCUUGCUCCUUCUCCAAAAAAAGAGACAUCCAUAGUCACAGAAAUUCAUCUUGGACCUGGUUCAGAUCCAAAUACCUUGGAUGUGAAUGUUGACAUUUCUCUUGACGUAAAGAUGGUUCAACCUCCCAUUCCAAAAUUUUUGCCUUAUUGCCAUGAAAAACCACAAUCAACAGCACGUAAAACUCCUGUAAGACGAGCUUCGAGCUCACCACAUUGGCAAAAAUACUUUCCCUCAAACCAACAAAAAGCUGAAGGACAAACGAUCAAAAUAAUUGACCUUUCUUGCGGCAAGAGUCACAUCUUUUGUUUAGCAAGAGAUCAAAGAGUUUUUGCAGCAGGACUUAACUUUAAUGGUCAACUGGGUGUAGGUUCCAGGACCUCACAGUGCAGACUGAUUGAAGUCACUCCCCAUUUGCCUCACCAAUUAAAAGUAGAAGGCAUACAACAAAUUGCGUGUGGUCCUGAUUUUACCAUAAUUAUUAGUGCAUUGGGCACUGCAUUUUGUGUUGGAAGAUUCCCUGGGAACAGCGAAGACUCGCUCAAGUUUGUUCCAGUCACAAGUUUGAGCGAUUCGAAUUGGUUUGUCGAGAAGGUAUUUUCGAAAAGCUAUUCGCAAGUGUUUGCCUUGUGCAAGAGGAGAAGCGAGUAG